AUAAUAUGUAAAAUUGAAAAUCAUCUCUUCCUCCUCCUCCUCCUGAUCCCAUUCCAGGGUUUAUGAAUUUCUGAGCAAGCUUGUACAGAAGCUCUAGUGUUUUUUUUUUUUUUCAUGAUUUCUAGAGCUUGAAAAUGGAUCUACAGCCUUCCCUAUCGGGAAGGUACCCAAACGAUUCUCCCACAACCACUUCCUCUUCCCUUUCCAAAACUGUCUCCGAUGCCGGUAUCCAAAACCUCUCUUCUAUCCUCAACAACCCUCUCGCUGGCAAAUCGGACGCUUCCUGGAUCGGAUGGUUGUCCUCCUCCACCUCCGUUUCUCCUCCUGAAUUCGCUCCCCUAAUCUCAACCAAGGCCUCCACCGAUCUCGCCCGAUCUGACUUCCAAGGCUAUGUCUCUUCAAUCUCUGAAUCCUAUCACCGUUUUGAGGACAUUCAAAAGCACGCCACAAAGGAGAGCCUCGAUGUGGACAGCAUUGGCGGCCAGGGGGAGGCGCUCGUCGCGUGCUUGCGUGAGGUCCCCGCCCUUUAUUUUAAGGAAGACUUUGCAUUGGAAGAUGGAGCCACGUUCCGUGCCGCCUGCCCCUUCGCCAACGUUUCCGAUAACCUGGUGCUGCAGGAGAAGCUAUCGCAUUACUUAGACGUAGUGGAGUUGCAUUUAGUUAAGGAGAUUUCGCUACGCUCCAAUUCAUUCUUUGAGGCGCAGGGACAGUUGCAGGACUUGAAUGUCAAGAUUGUGGAGGGCUGUAGUAGGAUUCGGCAGUUGAAGGAGACAAUUCGACUUUUGGACUCUGAUUUGGUGGAUUCUGCCAGGCAGAUUCAAGAGUUGAAUGACACAAAGAGUAAUUUGUUAGCACUACAACGCAAGUUGAGGCUUAUAUUAUAUGUUAACCAGGCAUUAUCAGCUCUUAAAUUGCUUGUUGCAUCUGCUGAUUGUGCUGGAGCUUUGGAUGUCACUGACGAUUUGCAGCAUUUGCUGGAUGGGGAUGAGCUCACUGGUUUACAUUGCUUCCGCCACCUUCGCGAUCAUGUAGCAGCUUCGAUAGAUUCCAUAAACAGUAUUCUUUCAUCAGAAUUUAUGCGUGCUUCAAUACAUGAAACUGGAGAUACAGAUUCAGUUAUAUUGUCUAAAGCAAAAGCCAGAGCUUCCAUAUCUGUAAAUGGGAAAGAUGAUGAACAGGUUAAGUUACAUGAGGAAGAAACCUUUAAUUUUCGGGAUCGACUUCUCCCUCUCAUCGUUGGUUUGCUCCGAACUGCAAAGCUCCCCUUUGUGUUGAGGAUAUAUCGUGAUACACUUACCGCUGAUAUGAAAACAGCUAUUAAGACUGCAGUUGCAGAGCUGCUUCCUAUUCUUGUUGCCCGGCCUUUGGAGUCAGAAUUUUCACCUGCAGAGCGUAUAGCUGAUACAGAUGGUGGAGGUUCAUCACUCGCAAGCAAGUUGAGGAGCUUGUCAUCUGAAAACUUUGUUCAACUUUUAGCUGCUAUUUUCAAGAUUGUACGGGCUCAUUUGGUGCGAGCUGCUGAAGUGAAGAAGGCUAUUGAAUGGAUUAUGUGCAGUCUUGAUGGUCAUUAUGCUGCUGAUUCAGUUGCUGCUGCAAUUGCUCUUGGUGCCAUGGCUUCAGAAUCAGCUCAAGAGAAUGAUGGUCAAGGUGGAUCACUUCUGCCUUAUACAUCUGCAAAAAGUGCUGCCAAGGUUCCCCCACCUUCAGUGAAAGCAAAUGAAGCAAUGAACCCUUCAAAUAUGUCCAGAAAUUUCAGAGCUGAUGUAUUGAGAGAAAACACAGAAGCAGUUUUUGCAGCUUGUGAUGCUGCUCAUGGAAGGUGGGCAAAGCUCCUCGGGGUCCGUGCUGUUCUUCAUCCUAAAUUGAGAUUGCAAGAGUUUUUAAGCAUAUAUAACAUCACCCAAGAAUUUAUAAGCGCAACGGAGAAGAUUGGUGGAAGGUUGGGGUAUAGCAUCAGAGGAACACUACAAUCACAGGCCAAAGCCUUUGUUGAAUUCCAGCAUGAAUCACGAAUGACAAAAAUUAAGGCAGUACUUGACCAGGAAACCUGGGUGGAAGUGGAUGUACCAGAUGAAUUUCAGGCUAUUGUCAAUUCACUAUUUCAUUCUGAAGCAUUGAUUUCUGGAAACACAGAUGAGAAUGAAAGUAAAAUCACAGUUAAAUACAAUUUAGUGAUUGCAAAUGAUGAUGGUUCACUGAGGACAGAUACUGGAAAUCUUGAUGUUCAACAGCAAAAUGAGCAGACUGAAUCUAGUGCCAAAACUGAUAAUAAAACUUUAAAGGAUAAUUUACCGUCAUCUCAAAGUAACAGCAGUAACACAAAGGACCGUGGAAAAUCUACUGCUCAAACACUUGUAUAUGGAGAUGUUGGUUAUCACAUGGUAAACUGUGGCUUAAUGUUGUUGAAGAUGUUGUCAGAGUACAUUGAUAUGAAUAAUCUGUUGCCAGCACUUUCUUCAGAAGUUGUUCACCGUGUUGUGGAGAUCUUGAAAUUUUUCAACACAAGAACUUGCCAGCUUGUUCUGGGUGCAGGUGCCAUGCAGGUGUCUGGUUUGAAGUCCAUUACUUCUAAGCAUUUGGCAUUGGCAAGUCAAGUCAUUAGUUUCACAUAUGCUAUUAUACCUGACAUCAGGCGGACCCUUUUUCUGAAAGUUCCUGAGCCUCGAAAGGCACUGUUGCUAUCAGAGUUUGAUCGAGUAGCUCAGGACUAUAAGGUUCACCGGGAUGAAAUACAUACGAAGCUUGUUCAGAUAAUGAGAGAAAGAUUACUGGUUCAUCUACGUGGACUGCCCCAGAUUGUUGAAACCUGGAACAGACCUGAAGAUGGUGAUUCUCAACCAAGCCAGUUUGCUCGAUCCCUUACAAAGGAAGUUGGCUAUCUCCAACGUGUCUUAUCUCGAACUUUGCAUGAAGUAGAUGUUCAAGCAAUUUUCAGGCAAGUGGUCGUAAUCUUCCAUUCACAAAUAUCGGAAGCAUUUUCACGAUUGGAGAUCAGCACCCCUAAGGCAAAAGAAAGAUUACAUUGUGACAUAGCACACAUCCUUGGAUGCAUUCGAUCAUUGCCUUCUGAUAACGUGAGCAAUUCAUCUACUCCUAACUGGGGGCAACUCGAUGAAUUCUUGGCACAAAAAUUUGGCGGUGAAGCUGGUUAAUGCCUGUUUUGUUGUAAAGUAGCAAAAUUGAUUGCUUCCCUUAGGAAGCACAUCUGAAGGAACAAUUGGGGAGGAUGUUUAAACCCAUCACCUUGUAGAUUUAAAUUAAGGUAAGGUUCUUUUCUCGUGUUCAUUUUUUCAAUGAGAUCAGUAUUUGAAAGUUUUUAACCCUGGCCUACGGUAACAUCUUUAUAUGAAUGGUCUUGUCUCGUGACCAUAAUAUAAAUGAUAGCUUCCUACUGAUUGGAUUUCUUCCAGUUUUUGAUUUGCUUACAGGUAGAUGUUAAAAAUCUUUUGUAUCACAUUCAAUCAUUGCAACGGGAGGCGGCAUCUUCAUUUUCAUGUUCUUGCAGUCAUACUUGAUAGUACAGUUUUUGUAAUACCCCGUAUCAUCCACAUUUUGGUCUCUUGAAUCUUGAUGUAGUUUUCGGGUAAAAACUGAACGAAUCGAUUCUGUCUCACUUUUUUUGUUCAGUUGAGUGAUUGUAGUGGGACUACUAAUGUUUCCAGUCAUCUCAAGGCGAAAUUUGAUUAUUUCUAGCUUAAUUGUAUCAUUAUUCGAUUAAGAAUUUUUUUUUCUUAUCAGCAUUAUUCGAUUAAGAAAUAAUAACAACCUGU